GCGAAGAGAGGAACACAGCUGUGCUAGAGUUGAGUGCAGUAGCCAAUAACAGUCAAGGUACUCUGCUUUAAGGAUGAGAUGUGUAGUGUCCAUACCAAUAGUGAUAGCAUUUCUGCAGCUUGCACUGGGCUACACACAAGAGAGAAGAUAUGUAGAGGGUUCAAAUAUGAAUUUGGGCGAGGCACUUCAGUUUCUUAGAGAAUAUGAUCGGGAAGCAUCUGGAAUGUGUUUUCGAGUCACAUCAUCCCAAUGGAACUAUAGUACCAACAUCACAGAAACAAAUAAGCGUCGUAUGUUGGAGGAACAAGCAUUGAGUGCGAAGUUUCAACGCUUAUCAUGGAGAAGAGCUACAUCGUAUACGUGGACGCGGUUACCAGAUCCCAUCGUCAGAAGGCAGCUACACAUGUUGGCCAUAGAGGGAAGAACUGCACUCCCAGAGGAGAAGUUUAAUGAACUACAGCAACUGGUAACAGAAAUGAAAGAGAUUUACUCAAGAGCACGUAUUUGUCCACACUCGCUUAACAAUAUUAACUACAACUACAGGCAGAGCGGAAAUUGUGAUCUUGCACUUGAUCCAGAUCUGACUCGCAUCAUGUCUCAUUCACGGGACUAUGAAGAACAGUUACAUGUGUGGCAAGCAUGGCGUGAUACUGUGGGACCUCCAAUCAGAAGCAAGUAUAUUCGUUAUGUUCAACUAGCAAAUCAUGCAGCUAGAUUAAAUGGUUUCCAUGAUGCAGGGCAGCAACAGAGAGAGAGUUAUGAGGACUCAGAAAUUAAUACCCAACUAACAGAGCUCUGGGCAACUUUAGCACCACUUUACAGAGAGCUGCAUGCUUACGUAAGGCGUCGACUUGUGGAGAGAUAUGGUUCUGAACAUGUGAGACCUGAUGGACCACUACCAGCACAUCUGUUAGGGAACAUGUGGGCACAAAACUGGCGGAACCUAGCAGACCUGGUGAUCCCAUUUCCAGCAAAGUCAACAGUUGAUGUAUCUUCUGAAAUGUUGAGACAAGGAUAUACACCACUCAGGAUGUUUCACCUGGCUGAAGAAUUCUUCACAUCAUUAGGACUUAAACCAAUGCCUCCUGAAUUCUGGCACCAUUCAAUGCUUGAGAAACCUCUAGACAGAGAAGUAGCUUGUCGAGCAUCUGCAUGGGACUUCUGUAAUCACAAAGACUACAGGAUCAAACAGUGUACUACUGUCUCAUUGGAGGACUUGCUAACUAUACAUCACGAGAUGGCUCAUAUCCAGUACUACUUACAAUACGCAGACCAACCCCUGUUGUUCAGGGAUGGAGCUAAUCCUGGUUUCCAUGAGGCAGUGGGGGAUGUAAUCACUUUAUCAGUUUCUAGUCCUCGGCAUUUGCAAGGAAUUGGACUCCUUAAUAAUGUCACUGAUGAAUAUGAAACUGGUAUAAACUUCCUGAUGUUGAUGGCUCUUGAAAAAGUUGCAUACCUUCCAUUUGCCUAUAUUGUUGAUCAGUGGCGUUGGGGAUUGUUCGCUGGAGACUGGAAUAUUGAUGAAAUGAAUGCACGCUGGUGGGAGCUGCGGUUAAGGCAUCAAGGAAUCAUACCUCCUAUUCCACGAACUGAGAAGGAUUUUGACCCUGCUUCCAAAUAUCAU